UUUACUAUAAUGCAAAUCUGCCUAUACCUCUCUUGAUUUGAGUUUUGACAUUUUUUGACGUCUUUUGUGGGCGUGUUCACAAGCUGUCAGGAAUUUGCACCUGAUUCUGAACUGGUUUGUCCUGUUCCAAACUGCAUCACAAAACACCAAAAAACAAAAAAACAAAUACUACUUCCAAAUUCACACCUCCAUGCUUUCAGAAGAGUUUAUCUUUUUAUGCAUGUCUAGAAAUCCACCAUAGACCUAUAUGUAUAUAAAUAAGAAGAGGUUUAUAUUUCAGUGCUUAAAUCAAAGGUCAGUGAGUGUUUGUGUGCAGGCGGAAGUGGUGGGCGGGGCCUAACCCGCAGGUGCGAGAACGCUCACCUGAGCGCGUUUGAACGCGUGAGCUGUCUUCAGUUCUUCAGACGGAGUUUAAUGAUGAGUUUAUCAGCCUCGGGGUUAUUCUGUAGCUAUUCAGUUCAUGCUUUGUGACAGAACUGCAGUUUUACUUUGCAUGCUUUUCUUAUUCAUUCAAAUGUUGACAAAAGCUGGAGGUUAAGAACGAUUUAAGAUGGAUUAAGAGAAGAAACGAGUGAGAACACGAGGAGAUGUGUUGAGGAAUAACAUAUUGACAGAACAAACCAGCAACAUGAAGAAAGUGCUGGCCUGCAUCAGUGUGGUCCUCUUCAGAUUGAUGGUUUGUGUUCACAGUGAUUUUAUCGAGCCGUCUCCGUCUCUGGCCCUGCGCUCGUUCUCUGAUGCACAGACCCGGCUGCCCUGUCGCUUUAGGGUGGAGGCCAAUGAAUAUUUGGUGCAAGUGACCUGGUCCAGACAGAAACCAGGAGGAGAACGAGAACAGAUCAUCAUCGGACACUAUACUCAAGGACCUACAGUGUCUCCUGAUUUUCUGAGCCGUGUCCAGUUCGAGAGCUCCGACCCGACCGUGGACUCCACGCUGUUGAUCCUGAACACGAAGAAGGCCGAUCAGGCCACGUACACCUGCCACAUCUCCAUCUUUCCCUCCGGGAGCUUCCAGAGACAAAUCAGCCUGACUGUCUGGAGUCGGCCGAUCUCGUCUCUGGAUCCGGUGAUUCUUGAGGAAGGCCAGUCGUUCCGCGCAGCUGCUUUCUGUCGUGCGGUUGGAGAUCCUCCGCCGCGCUUGUCCUGGGACACAGAGCUUCCCGGUCGGUCUCAGAACCGGACCGGAGAGGAUGGAGUCGUGACCUCUCAAUUUUCCCUUCAUCCUCUGCGCAGCAUGAACAAGCGGCGUCUGGACUGUCUGGUGUGGCACCCGGCUCUCGACGGCCCGCACAGAAUCAGCAACGAGCUCCAGGUGCACUAUCCUCCUCAUGCAGUGAUCACUGAUUCUGGUUCCUGGAUAAUCGGACACUCGGGGUCAGAGCUCAGAUGUGUGGUUAAAGGAAACCCACUGCCACAAAACAUCACCUGGAGCAGGAAGCACGGCCGUCUGCCGGUGGGAGUGUUGGUUCAGGAGGACAGACUGGUGUUUGUUCGGCCUCUGAACGUGACGGAUGAAGGCGUGUACAUCUGCCAGACAGCUAACAGCGUGGGAAUCGCUAAAGCAGAGUUUAAAGUGGAGAUCAGAAGUGUUUGUGUUUUAGAGCCAUGGUUUGGAUUCACUCACGUUCCCGGAAGCCCCUCAGAGACUCUCCUCAUCAUCAUAGGAGCGUCCGUCGCCGGGGUUUUGCUCGUCAUCCUUGUGAUCACCAUCAUUUUCCUAAACUGUCACCUUAGACGCAAGAACAGGAAGCUUAAACGAACGCUCAGCACCAGAAUGGAGGAGAUGGUCAGUCUGUCUCGACAGGUGUCCAUGAGGAAAAUCAACUCCGUCAACGGGGAUCUCAGGACAGCGCCGGAGGAGAGUUCACUGAUUCAGAUGGACAGUGUGACGAAGGGCAGUGUUUUUUCGGUGGAGGAUUGUUCAACGCUGAGCGAUGUGAAGGGCAGAUAUGGAGACGGAGAGUAUGACAGUCUGGGACGUCCUGCCAUAUACACAGCGUUCCGGCCGGAGCGAUCCAGCAAAAACACUAGAGAGAUGGAGGAGGAGAGAAAUGAGCGCAGACUGAGAGUCGAGUACUAUGUGAAGUCCAGCAAUAUAUCACUGGAUUCAGGGCUUCACCGAGAUCAGAGUCCUCCUCCUCCGUCCGUGAGCUCGGGUCCGACUGCAGAUGUGAUCGUUGAUGGAUGGAAGAUUCACCGAGCGGAGCGUGAGAAAUAUGUACAGCGAGAGCGAGUUCCUGAAGGAGAAGAAGAAAGCUGUGAGGUGAACUAUCACCUGUCCGAGGCCACUAACAACUACUUCCAGUGCAGCAACGGCGGACUGACGCCAAAACCAAACUCCAACGCCAUCAUUAUACACUCACGAGGACAGAUCAUAUGAUCCUCAGAGCAUGCCUUAUAGUUCAUAAUCUGAAAGGCUGUAAACAUCACGAACUCUUAAAGGGACAGUUCAAACAAAAAAAAUCACUAACUCAAACUCAUGUCUGUUAAACCUGCAUGACUUUGUUUUGUAAAGCAUCCAUGCUUAAAAUAUUCAUGGAUAUCUCUCGUGCAUGAAUAAUGUGUGAAUAAUAGUUAGGGUUGGGCAUAAUUUGAAUAAGAUGAAGUCUCUGCAUUUAUUUGAUCAAACACACUGUAGAAAUGUGAAAUAUUAUUACACUUUCACAAUUGUGUUUUCUAUGUGAAUGUCUGUUUAAAAUAUAGUUUAUUUCUGUGGUCAAAGCUGAACUUUCAGCAUCAUAACUCUUCAGAAAUCAUUAUAAUAUGAUGAUUUGCUUCUCAAGAAACAUUUCUGAUUGUUAUCAAUGUUCAGAUUUGAUCACAAAAAUAAAUUACGUUUUAUAAUAUGUUUGCAUAGAAACUGUGAUUUGUAAUCGUAAUAUUUCACAAUAUUUAAAUAUUUUAUAUAUAUAUAUGCAAUAUAAAAUACUUCUAUUUUCAGCUAUAUAACAUUUUUCCUUUACAAAUAAAUUUGUAUAGUUAUUGUUCCUACUGUAAAGACACAUUAAUAUGGCUCUCCAUUGUGGCUGAUAUACAGUCACAGUUUCAUCACUUUGUUAGAAAAUAUGAUUAAUUUGUGUAAUGGUUAAACAGAUUAACAGGUCCACGCAGGAAACUACUGAACUUACUGCUUCGUCCAGUGACAUUAUGGACCUAUUGAUAUUCACUUUACUCCAACACUGUAUUUUAUUUUGUGAAGUAUUGCACUAUUUGUAGAUGUUACUAGUCUGAGUUUGUGUAAAUGUGCUGUUGGUGACUUAAAGAUGUCUUUUUUACUCCACUAACUAGUGUUAACGUCCAGACCUGAACUAGAUGUGUUUUCUGUAAGUGUUUAUUGAAAAGAAAGAAAGUUGAUUGAUCUGUGAAGAGAUUUAAUAAAAGUUAAUGUGAAUGAAAA